UUUAGCACAACUCAGCACCCUGCAGAACCUAAACAUGGGGAGAAAUAUCGAUUAAGAAAUUUGGCCAAAACAAGACCAAAAAUACCAAACACUUUGAAAUCCUUUGGCACAGGAAAUAUUUGUUUCCAACACCCAACCAAGGUUUGACUGCAGUCAGAUUGACAACAAAGAAGAAUCAAGACUGACAACCAAGAUGUGCUUGUCACUGAUAAUAACUGUCCUGAUUGUUGUGGUUCUGAUUCUCUUGUUACUCUGGAAAAACAUUAUCACUCUGAACGACUUACUCAAAACAGGAAAGAGAGUUUCAGAUGUAGUCAUCCCAGCAUUAGACAAUCCUAAAAUAUCAGGAGCCUUAACACUGACAGUCAGUGCAAUUUACAUUUUAUCAAGCCCUCUAACAACGACUUUGUUGACUGUUGUUACUGCAACACUUUGGUUGCACUGGUUCAACAUCCUUCCACUAAGAGAUUUAAUUGAAAUAGCCUCAGACUAUUACCAGUCAGUGACCACAGGACCAAAUCAGACCUGCACUGAUUCAAAGCCAGAAGCUAAACGUCUGGCUGAUGUUGUUAAAGAAAAAAGCACUCUUCUGCCAUCACAAAGUGGUUUUAUUCCCACUUUACAAAAUUCCAGUGGAAACAAAACGAAUUGACAUUAAAGGCUGCAAAAGUUUCACUUUUGGAGAGAAAUCCAGGAACUGUAACAGAAACAUCAUGGUCCUUGGAGCCUCAGGUGCUGGGAAGUCCACUGUCAUCAAUGCAAUGGUAAAUUACGUUCUAGGUGUUAGAUGGGAAGACUCGUUUCGGUUUAAGUUAGUGGAUGAAGGUCAGUCAAAGUCACAAGGUCAGACUUCAGAAAUCACGCUGUACAAACUUUACCACCAGGAGGGUUUCAGAGUGAAUUACUCUCUGACUAUUGUUGACACUCCAGGCUUUGGAGGCACUGGAGGUAUAGACAGAGACCAGGAGAUCACAGAGCAGCUGCGUGACCUCUUUACUAAUCAGGAAGGUGUCGGUGAAAUUGAUGCCGUGUGUUUUGUUGUUCAGGCUGCUAUAACUGAACUGACAUCAACACAAAGAUACGUGUUUGAUUCAGCCCUGUCAAUCUUUGGCAAAGACGUGGCAGAAAACAUCAGAGUUCUGGUGACGUAUGCAGAUGAGCAGCAGCUACCAGUUCUAGAAGCCCUCAAAGUGUCUGGUGUCACAUGUCCUCAAAGCAAUGAUGGGCUGCCGGUUCACUUCAAAUUUAAUAACUCAGUGCUGUUUGCUUCCAACAAAUUCUCAGCUGAAAGACGAAUGAUUGGGCUUGAAGAGAAAACCUUUGAGUUUUGGAAGAUGGGAAUAAAGAGCAUGGCCAGUUUUUUUGAUAGUCUAACUGACAUCAGAACAAUAAGACUGACAAUGACCAAAGAGGUCCUGGAAGAAAGAAAACAUCUGGAAAAUAUUGCUGAGGAGCUGCAGAAGCAGGUUAAACUCGGCUUAGCCAAGAUCGAGGAAAUAAGAAUGACAAAAGAAAAACUACAAGAGCAUGAAGCAGAAAUCAGACAGAAUGAAAACUUUGAGAUUAACAUCAGUGUGAUAAGAACUGAACAAGUUGAUAUUUCUCACACUGGACAGAACAUCACCAACUGUCUGCAGUGUCAUGUUACCUGUCACUUCCCUUGUAACAUACCAAGGGAUGAGGAUAAAGAACGGUGUAAUGCAAUGGGGAAAGAUGGAUACUGUAAAGUCUGCCCAGGGAAAUGUUUCUGGACCGUGCAUUCAAACGGGAGCUUCAGAUGGGAACAUACAGAAAUCCAUGAAAAAAGAACAUUGAAGGAGCUAAAAGAAAAAUACGAGAAGGCCUGUGGGCAGAAGGUUACUUUGGAAGAGCUGAUGACAAAUCUGAUGUCUGAUUAUGAAUCUAAACAGUAUGAUGUGGUGAAACUGAUUGCAGAGGCUGCAAAGUGUCUGAACAGACUGAAGGAAAUAGCCUUGAACCCAAAACCCCUUACCACUCCAGAAUAUAUCAACAUGCUGAUGAAAGGAGAGGAACAGGAGGCCAAACCAGGCUGGAAGGAAAGACUUCAGUCUCUGGAGAAAAUGAAAGAAAAGGCAGAAAUCAUAGCUAAAGUAGAGAAGGGAGAGAAACUUCUGUCCUUACAGUAAUCUACUGAUUAUACCGAGCUUUUAAUGACAACUUUAUUUUGGCAUUAUUCUUUCCCCUGGAAAUUAUAGUCAGG